AUGUUUGACCGAACAUUGCUGGAAGCAAUCGAAGAAGGUAUAGUCCCAAGGCCAGGGCUAUUGACCUAUCAAGAUUGGAACUCAUGGCGCGCCAGGGAAGGGCAGCGUCCGAGCAAGAGGAGACACGGAGACGACGUCAGAACCACGACGACUGGAGAAGAGGCGCAGUUGUGGAGAACUGUGAUGGAGGCUCUGUACGGCCCUGAAUGGAAGGACCAGUUGGCAAUGGCUGGGGGUGCCUUGCAAGAGUCAGAAGAAGAAGAAGAGGAGGAGGAAGAAGAAGAAAGACCUCCUCCCACCACUCUGGCCAGUACACUGGAAGGCGGGGUUCAAGCGGCCCAAGCCGAACCACCGGCCAUAGGUCCAGGCGGGUCGGCUGCAUCUUAUAGGGUUGGUGGUGAGUCGGUGUUCCGUGAUAUGUCCCUUGUUCGGUUGCAGGAGGUUUUUCUGAAAGAUUACGCUCCUGGGUCCGAAACCGCAGUCCGGUUUGCAAAAAGGUUGCGACGGGUGUCGGAGGCCUUAGGGUUGUUUGGGGAAGAAGUGGACAAAGCCUCAAUGGAGCGGCGGGUCAUCCGCACCCUCUACUGGGAAAAGAUCUACGAGGCAGAAGAGGAACGCCAAUUAGCCCUGCUGAAGGAGUUCUUCCAAGAGCUUGUUUUGGAUGAACCGCCACAGUGUGGCACUCCGGAGAAGGGAGUAGAUGCUUCUAAAAGGGCUGGUCCGGCCACUCCCCGGCGGAAAGGCCUGCGGGAGGAAACUCCUGCGGACGAUUGUCGCGGAGAGGACAGGUCAAGGGAGCCGAGAAGGGAAACUCGGCCUGGCCAAAAUACUUCAGAAAUAGAUCAGCUCAAGAAACGCCUCCUGGAGCUCGAGGGCGACGCGCGCUCAGAAGGAAGCCGUGCCUUCGAUGCGUCUGCUUUCGCUGAAGCACUGGAAAAACAGACGAAGGUCAUGACAGAAGCUGUGACCCGUAAGAGCAAGAGAUCCACGAUCCAGGUAACGCCUAAGAUUUCUUGGCCUAUGCUGGACGAUGAGUGCAGCGACUAUCGCUCAGUCCAAGAAUUCUAUGACACCUUUGAGGCCACCAUCGGGUUGGCCAACGAUGGAGAUGGAAUGACGGAUAUCGAAAAGCUGACUACAUUGAAGGCCUGCUUGAAGCAGCAUCGACUGAAGACGUAUGAGCUGGUACACCGCCGCCAUCUGGCCACGGGAUUGGUGCAAAAAGAUCCGGGCCAAGUCUAUGAUCAAAUCAAAAGUAAGCAUCUCCUGCUUUCGGAAACCGCUGAGGAGAAGCAGAUCAGAGUCCUGGAAGAAGGAGACGCUCUUGAAAAGGGAAAGCUGUCGGCAUUCCAAUGGGAAGUGCGCUGGGAGUCUCACCUGGCCGACCGUGAUGGGAUCGGGCUAGGCCUCAACAAGACGGAAGGUUUGAUCCAGUAUUUGCGAAAAAUUGGGCCCAACCUCUCCAAGGAUGUCCGGGGAGACAAAAGGUUCCGGCCGGAUGGGAAAGGAGGAAAUGCCUUCCGGCGCGCAGAGACUUGGGAAGAGGCCCACGAAGUGGUGAAGGAGAUUGAAGAGACCAAUGCAGGAUCGGCUGACAAGGCAGUGGUAGAUGAAGCCAGAAAGAAAGCCUUGCGGGACAAGAAGUCCGCGGGAAACAGCCAGGAGAGAACUUCCAAGCACAGCAGCUACCGAGAUGAUCAUAAGAAGGAAGGAAAAGGAGCUGGAAAGAAAGGAGGAAAGGACAAGGGUAAGAAAGAGACCCAUGGGGAAACGGACAAGAAACCGUGCAGGUUCUACAACACCGCUGGGGGUUGCACCCGCGGUUCGAAGUGCCCUUUUUCGCACGAAGGACCGGGCGGCUCACAGCGUGGCGCGGGUCCAGGACUCCAACUCCCCAAUGUCUCCGAUUUAUCAGGCGUUGGAGGGAAAGGCACUGCCUCCAUGGCAAAGGAGAAUCCAUUCAUGAGCUGCUUUGACACGGCUGUGUUGGAGGAUGGCCAGCCCAAAGUCCAAGACCCAGUCUGGACAACGAAGGCGUUGAAGCAGCCAGGAUGGAAAGAGAAGAAAGGAAGCAGGAACAACCGCGCUGGGAACAACCACCGCGGGAAGCCGUUGCAUGACUUGGAGUCUUGGAGCGAGCUGACUAGCCUUGACCAGCUGCCCAAGAAAUGGUGGAAACCCACAGAGAACAGUAAGGGAGGAUACCAGUAUCAGACAGAAGUCAAGAUCCUGGGCAGGUAUGUGGGUUGCCUCUUGGACGGGUGUGCCGGCUGCAAUUCGGUGACAGAAGAACUGGUCGUCGGCGCAAUCAAAGCUGCUCUCAAGGAUAGUAUCUCUACAGACUCCUCUAAAUUCCCGGUAGCGCAGCUGGAAUGUUGGCCAAAAGAAGAAGUCGUGAUGGGUCUGGCAAAUGGCGCCCCUAUCAACCUGAAGGGUGCGGCUGUGAUCAGGGUGACUUUUCCUGAGGUGACGGGUAAGAAAGACCGGGAAAUCCUUGUCAGGGCAAAGAUCAUCGCCAAGGGCUGCUCCACGUGGCAGGGUCUGAUCUUGGGAGGCCGUGCGCUGCAUGCCGUGGAACGUGGUGGUCUCGGGUUUCGUCCCGGAGCCAACGCCCACAUUUUUGAUGCCCUGGGUGCUCGGUUGCCGCGUAAGGAAGAAACAGAAGAAUACGCGGAGCACGCGUACCCGCACGGGCAUUGGGUUGGUGAAGAAGGAGAUUGGGUGCCGGUUCGGCGCUCCGUGUCUCAUGACGCCGUUUCGGCUGAUCCAAGGGGGUCGGGCGAAACCCAAGAGUCGCUGUUAAGUCCAGUGGGCGCAGUUCUCCCCUUGGUUGAUGCGCCAGUUGAAGUGGUGCCUGGUUUGUGGGACCAAAGGUCCGCAGCAGAAGGCUACGCGCACGUGGUUCCAAAGGAAUCGGAAGCCUAUUUGGAAGAAGGAUCCCCAAUAGCGGCCGUCGUAGAUGCUGUUGCGGAGCAAGCCUUUUGCAGAGCUUGCGGGCAUUUUGAUGCCGCAGCAUGGGUCAAGAAGGGAUCAGAAGAGUGUAAGUGCCCAAAGCCAGGACGGGGCGGAGUCGCCCUCCUUGUGGCUGGGAUGCUGUGCUACAUGGUCCUAGGCAUGGUGGAGCGAAGUGUGGUGGGAGAGAGAAUCUAUCACAUUGUCGAGACAGCGGGGGCGUUGGACCUUCUUGCUGAGGAAGGACCAACGGAUGAGUACUAUAACCGGCUCCGCCAGUACAUGGGAAAGAAGUUCCCUGGAGCAUCAGGGAUGACGUUCGGGAUAGACAAGGCGUGUGUUGCCGUGGUCGAAGGGAACUUGCUCGGGCACAACAUUGGCCGAAACGGAGCAAAAUGUAGUGCUGAGAAGACCCGCGCUAUCCUGAAGUUUCCUGCUUUAAAGGAAAGGCUUCAUAUUCAACAGUUCUUGGGUUGCACACAUUGUGCCAAGCUCCUAGGGGAGUAUGUCAAAGGGGCAAAGCCUUUCCCUGAUGAUGGACUUCGGCCAGGCACAGAAACAACAACUGAUCCAGCCGGCCUGGGCAAACUUCUGACUGUGCUUCUCAGACAUGGCCGCGGGGUCGUGGAAGAGGAGCUGAAGAAGUAUGUCAGUGUGGGGGGGUGGGUUCAGAUCGAAAAAGUCAAGGAGUGGCUCGGCGUGGAGCCGACAGGAGGGGAAUUGCUGCGCAUGCUCGAAGCAGCGUGCGUGCACCCUGACAGCAAGGGAAGGAUCGAGAUGGGAGAAGUGCAGUCCGAUCCUGAGAAAAGGUAUAUAUGGGCUCGACGCAGCUGGUCGAUCCCCUGGAUCACGGAAGGGCUCGAUGAAGCAGAUGUGCGGAACAAGCCCGCGGAGCUGUUCCACGUCACUGACUUGCGGACCGGGGAGGACCUUCUCAAGGGUCAAAGGGUAGGAUCCUCCCAGCUCGCAGAGGCAGCGUUGCCAGAAGAGUCUCGUCCUAGGCCAAAGGUUAAGGCGAGCCCCGUUGCAGAAGCAGCUCCUGGGGUGAAGGACUCGGCAGCGACGUCCUCGGUUCCACCUACUCCUGAACAAAACGUGAAGGACCGAGAAGCUCCCGCAGCCGAAAAAGCCAAGGAAGUGAAGAUUGAAGUCGAGGAAAGUCAGGCGGUGAAGCGAAGUGAGCAACAGGCCAAGGUGAAGGCAGAGGUCAGCGCCGAAGAGGCGCUGGGAGAAAGGGAAGCGAGAUGGGCUAAAGCAAGGGAAGUGCCAGCGGAUGACGAAUCAGAAAGUUACUCCUACGAGGAGGAUGAGGAGGAGUGUUCUGCCGAUUGGGAAGGCGACGACGCCGAUCGUCGUUCGAGGACUCCUGAAGGGCGCCGACCUGGAGUGAUCCUCAAGUCCAAGGGCUACCUUGAAUUGGAGGCUCGACUUGCUGAUCCCGCGGGUGUAGGUAACACCACGGACGCUCAACCAGGUCCGACGGGUGCGCCCGGCACCGCGGACAAUCAAGACGCUCCUGCGCCUGGGAGUGCAUCUGGCACUGCGGACGCAUCUGGCACAGCGGACACUCAAGCAGAUCCGGCGAGUUUGGCAGGACGCUCGGAUACUGCAAGUAGGCGCAAAGCCAUCGAGGAAGAUAUAAAGGAGCACGGAGCCGUCGUUUGCCCUCGUUGCGACGCCCGGAAUGCUACUUGGCUCAAGGCUGGUGGCAGUCACAGGACUGGUCAGGGUCCCAUGGUUCCCGAAGUUCUGAUUGACAAGGGAGCUCUUGGAGCUCUCGAUCCAACUGGAGUCCUACGCCUCACGGAGCAAGCCGUGGAAUCUGUCCUGGCUUUGAUCCAAGUCAUAGAAGUCAAUACUGCAGAGGUAGUAGAACAGGUGGUGGAGGUGGAAGCAGUCCAGGGGUCAUAUGACUUUGGACGAGCUCGAGUUCAAGACCUCGAGGUUCAGAAAGGAAAGGCAUCCAAUAAGGUGCCUCGCAAUGUUGCGGAAACCCCCUUUCUGAAUGGUGGAGUAAAGGGCUUAGGAAUGUUCGCAACAGCACGUGAAUAUCAGGAAGCGGCCAUUUCGGCGCUCCGCAGCUGCUCUGAAACAAGACCCGUAGCAGUGAAUCUGAUCGCUUAUGCGAUCGACAGAGCUGAUCUGCUGGGUGCUCUUCUUGCAGUCGCAGAAGUGCAUCAGGUACCUGUCAAAGUCGUAGCUGACCAAGCGCAGACCAACAGGAUGCCAGAGCAGAAGAGCGUCCUAGAACAGGCAGCUGAAGGGGUCUUGAUGUUCAGCUGCGAACAGGCAACGAGCUCCGAAGCCACUACCUUGAGGCUGGAAGGUAAUCACGAACUGGGCUGGCGAGUGGAGCUCCACAAGGCUGGCGAGUUAUCGGACCAACUCAGGUACGCGGACCGAAUAAUUCCUCAUUUUUCGCUCAAGGUGAGCUGUGACCCUAGUUUCACUGCGGCCUUGCAAAGCAAGGCUGUGGCGGUGACUGAGCUGUGGCCGACCGCGCGACAAAGGUGA